AAAAUUAUGCAUAGUUUUCUAAGUAUAUAAACACUGCUAACGAAUUCAGUAUACUUAACUUUCUACUCACACUUCAAACACGCACUCAAGUCUGUUUGUCACUGACUCUUUCAUUUCUCAUGGCACAAAAAUUUAUAACAUUCUUAGCAAUAAUUUUUAUUACAUUAUUUUCCCUUUCAAUUCACCCAUGUAUUAGCAUUAGAGUUACCAAUCCAAUAGGAAAACAAGGAGAAUGGCAACUUCUAAGGGACAAUGUUGGGGUGGUAGCCAUGCACAUGGCUUUAACCCAUAUGAACACCAUCUUAAUAUUCGAUCAAACCGGGACCGGACCCUCGGCGUACCUCCUUAGCCACCGAUCACACGGUGGAGAAUGCCACCAAAACCAUGCCAAUGACUUAAGGGACUCCUCAUGCUUUGCUCACUCAGUAGAGUAUCACAUAGAUACCAACUCAUUAAGACCAUUGAAAAUCGAGUCCGACCCGUUUUGCUCCUCGGGCUCGUUCCUAAGCAACGGGACUCUCCUUCAAACGGGUGGGUACGCAAACGGGUACAAGAAGAUCCGACAGUUUGAGCCUUGUGGUGAUGGUAGAUGCGAUUGGAGGCUUUCGAAGGCGAAGCUAGCAAAGAAUCGAUGGUAUGCUUCAAAUCAAUUAUUACCUGGUGAAAAGGAAAGAGUUAUAGUAGUAGGAGGUAAAAAUGUUUUCUCCUAUGAAUUUGUUCCAAGAAAAUCUUCUGGAUUAGCUUCAUAUACUCUACCUUUUCUACACAAUACUUAUAAUAGAUCUGAAGGAGGUAAUAAUCUCUACCCUUUCCUUCAUCUUUCCUCGGAUGGUCAUCUAUUUAUCUUUGCAAAUCGAGACUCGAUUUUGUUCAACUAUAGGCUUGAUCGUGUGGUCAAGACCUACCCGCGGAUGCCUGGUGGAGGAUCCAGGAGCUACCCUAGCUCCGGAUCCUCGGUCAUCCUACCACUAGACCACCGCGAUGGGUUUCAAAAAGUCGUGGUUAUGAUCUGUGGGGGUGCAGCCGAGGGAGCCUACACUGCAGCACGCGGAGGGCAGUACUUGGAAGGGUUAAAGAGUUGUGGAAGAAUGGAAAUAACAGGACAUAAAAAUAAGUGGUUUAUGGAGGAUAUGCCUCAUCCUCGGCUUUUAAUGGACAUGGUGAUCCUCCCUACCGGACAUGUCUUAUUGAUUAAUGGCGCGCAAGCCGGGGCUGGAGGGUGGAACAAUGCUGACCGCCCUGCACACAACCCGUUCCUCUAUAGGCCUAAGAAGCCUUUAGGCAAGAGGUUUUUGGUUCUCCAAGAAACAAAUGUAGCGCGAAUGUAUCAUUCUUCGGCCAUUCUUUUGCCUGAUGGGAGGGUACUAAUUGGAGGGAGUAACCCUAAUGAAAGGUAUGUGUACCACAAUGUACGGUACCCUACGGAGCUUAAGUUACAAGCCUUUGCUCCACAAUAUACCGAUCAUAGGUUUCACUCGGUAAGGCCUAGUAACAUUUCUAUAGCGAGUAGGAAUCAAUUUCAUCGCGGUAAUAACAAUUUCAAGGAGAGUAAGAGUGGUAAAAAUCAACACUUAAGGCCUAGUAACACAUCUAAAAAACAUAGCAACAUUGGAGUACACCACGUAAGUAGACCGCCUAGUAACACUAAUCUUGGAGGACGCAUCAUAAGUACGCGUCCUAGAAGCAUGUCUAGAGAGAAAGGCCACGGGUUCCACCCUACAAAGUCUCGUACGAGUUCCAUAAAUAAUAAUGUGUAUAAUGGUAAUGAGACUGUUAACAUAAGGUACGGAGAGAAGUUUCAUGUAACGUUUUGGCUAGGGAGAAAGUUGAAUGAUAAGGUGGAAUUUAACGCGUAUGCACCUCCUUUUACAACACAUUCAGUUUCAAUGAACCAAAGGCUUUUAAAGUUAAAAAGCUCGAAAGUUUUGGAAGAUGACGGUGGGUGGGUUGAUGCCGUGGUUGAAGCACCCCCUUCGGCGAAUGUUGCACCAUCCGGGUAUUACAUGCUCUUUCUUGUCAAUGGAGGGAUUCCUAGCACAGCUCAAUGGAUUAGGUUUGUACAUGCUUGAUAGGAUUAUAUGAAGCAAUACAAAUAAGAAAAUUAUUAAUAGUUGUAGUAUUGUAUUGAAAUUUAAUUUGUUAGAAUAAAAAGUUUUAACACAAAGGACUGAUUAUCUCUAUUUUGUACUUAAUAAAAAGAAGGUAACUUGGCUUAUUUGAUGCAUUAUUAUAAAAUCAUGACAUGCCAUAUAUACAUUUAUGGUAAAGAAAAAUCAAAGCCUACAUAAUUUCAAUAGAUAUAGAUAUUACAACGUACCAAAAAGUUCAAUAGCCUUAAAAUGGCUGUUA